CAAACAAACAUCAUAGACCUUAAUUAUCAGGCUGCAGCCAACAUUAGUAAAUGGCUUUCAAAGGGAUUGAAAUGGGUUUUGUAGUGGUCCUUGUGGCCAUGCUUUCAGCUGGAGCCGGGGCUCAGUCGGGUUGCACAAGUGUUCUCUCAAAUCUGUCCCCAUGCCUCAACUACAUAACGGGAAACUCAUCAACCCCAUCAUCUUCAUGCUGCUCUCAGCUCUCUAAUGUCAUUCAAACGUCACCGCGGUGCCUUUGCUCCGCCCUAAAUGGCGGUGCUGCCUCCUUGGGUAUUACUAUAAAUCAAACUCUAGCCCUAUCGCUACCCACUGCUUGCAACAUGCAAACUCCACCCAUUAACCAGUGCAAAGCCGCCAACGGACCACCAAGUUCAGGAUCUCCCCCGGUAGGUUCUCCUGCAGGUGCAAUUACUCCUUCAGCAUCAGACACUCCUUCAGGAACAGGGUCGAAAACAGUCCCAUCAUUAGACGGGGGUUUUUCCGAUGGAAGUGUCGUCAAAGCGCCACUCCAUUUGAUGCUCUUCCUGCUCUUCAUAAUGUCUUGUGCUGAGACACUUCUGUUUUGAGUCUUCUUCUUCUUUCUGAAUGAAUCUUUAGUCCCUUGUAAUUUUAUGCUGUUGCGUUACUUGUAGAGAAAUGUGCUUGUAUUUUAUUAUUAUUGUUUAAUAAAAAAAA